AGUUAAUAGACGGGUGAUAGGACUACUCGACUGACAGGUUCCAGCGCACCGAGGUUUAGUGAGGGUUCGCCGAAGGAUUCCAAAGCGGAGUUGCCGAGGAGGAGAAGGCGGAGGUGGAGGAGGAUGAGGGAGCGAGGAGGGAAGGCGACGGUGGACGAGAGGUACACGCAGUGGAAGUCACUCAUCCCCGUCCUAUACGACUGGCUCGCCAACCACAAUCUUGUGUGGCCUUCCCUCUCCUGCCGGUGGGGGCCACAACUUGAGCAAGCAACAUACAAAAAUCGCCAGCGUCUGUACCUCUCCGAGCAGACUGAUGGCUCUGUACCAAAUACCCUUGUUAUAGCAAAUUGUGAAGUUGUCAAGCCAAGAGUUGCGGCUGCGGAGCAUAUAUCCCAGUUCAAUGAAGAAGCCCGUUCUCCUUUCGUUAAGAAGUAUAAAACAAUUAUACAUCCUGGGGAGGUCAACAGAAUUAGGGAGCUUCCUCAGAACAGCAAAAUAGUCGCAACACAUACUGAUAGUCCUGAUGUUCUUAUUUGGGAUGUUGAGGCACAACCAAAUCGUCAUCCUAUGUUAGGAGCUGCUGAAUCCCGUCCAGAUUUGAUAUUGACAGGUCAUCAACAAAAUGCAGAAUUUGCUCUGGCUAUGUGUCCUACUGAACCUUUUGUGCUUUCUGGAGGAAAGGAUAAGUCAGUUGUCUUGUGGAGCAUCCAUGAUCAUAUCUCUUCUGUAGCAGAGUCAACUUCGAAAUCUCCUGCAUCGGCUUCAAACUCGAGUGGUAAGCAAUCCAUUAAAGCUGGUAAUGAGAAAAGCUCAGACAGCACAACUGUUGGACCAAGAGGUGUGUACCAAGGGCAUGAGGAUACAGUUGAAGAUGUGCAGUUCUGUCCAUCAAGUGCACAGGAAUUUUGUAGCGUAGGUGAUGAUUCUUGCCUCAUUCUCUGGGAUGCCCGAGUUGGUACUAGUCCAGUUGUUAAGGUUGAGAAAGCUCAUAAUGCUGACCUUCAUUGUGUGGAUUGGAACCCCCAUGAUCAGAAUCUUAUUUUGACUGGAUCUGCUGAUAAUUCUGUUCGUAUGUUUGACCGCCGUAACUUAACUUCUGGAGGUGUUGGGUCACCCAUAUACAAGUUCGAAGGUCACAAAGCUGCUGUUCUUUGUGUCCAGUGGUCUCCUGACAGAGCAUCAGUUUUUGGAAGUGCUGCUGAGGAUGGCUUCCUCAAUAUCUGGGAUCAUGAGAGGGUGGGAAAGAAGAAAGAACGUGCUGGAACAAAGACACCUAAUUCACCUCCCGGUCUAUUCUUUCAACAUGCAGGGCACAGAGAUAAAGUCGUAGAUUUUCACUGGAAUGCAUCUGAUCCGUGGACAAUUGUUAGUGUUUCCGAUGACUGUGGUAGUACUGGUGGGGGUGGUACUUUGCAGAUCUGGCGCAUGAGUGACUUGAUAUACAGGCCAGAAGAAGAGGUUCUAGCUGAGCUGGAAAAGUUCAAAGCCCACUUAUUGUCAUGCUCACCCAAGUCCUAAAUCUUCGAUUGUUGCUCACCCAAAUCAGAGUGCGUAUGGCCUUUAAUUAGUUCUGACAGUAUAUCGUAGAACCCUCAUCAGGGAUCAACGGAUGUUAAUUUUUAUGCUGUAGUCGUACUUGCCGAGUUUGCUGGACUGGAAUGGUAUCUACUGUUGUAUGGCUUGCCUGCCUGCGUAUUCCCACUUUGUUUGGACUUUGAACUUUAAGUGGGUUUGAUUUCUACUGUCUUAA